AUGCGACAACUAAAAUUCCACGAGCAGAAGCUUCUUAAAAAAGUAGACCUCCUAGACUGGAAGGGAACAUCCACACAGAAAGAACAAAUGGCCACAAGCAAAUAUCUCUUAGAAGACAGAGAGACAUAUGUAAAGUACAAUCUCAUUGUAGGAAAAAUAAGAAGACUAACACUAGCACUUGCAAAGUUAAAUGACAAUGAGCCAACUAAGCAAAUAAUCGCAAAAGAACUUACAAAUAGACUAUACACACUCGGCCUAAUUGGUUCUAAAACCCUUUUGGAAUGCGCAAAAGUAGGGGUAGGCUCAUUCUGCAAGAGAAGACUCUCAAGUAUUCUUCCUGCCAUAGAAAUGGUUCCAGACAUAAAAACAUCAAUGGCCUUCAUAAAAGGAGGACAUGUUAAGGUGGGAGUAGAUACAGUGACAGACCCAGCACUAAUUAUAACAAGAUCCAUGGAAGACUACAUCACAUGGAGAGAUGGUUCAAAGGUAAAGGAAACAAUAUCUGCCUUUAAUGAGGAUAAAUAA